AUGGCGCCUGGAGUACUACUUCCACGGCCUCCAUGCGGGCGACCUGAUGACGGUUCGCGCCAAUGGUCUGGCGCUCUCAAUGGCGCCAGACCGCCAGACACCGAGCCUGGCUCUGCACUAGGCAGUACACGUACACCAAGCAUUCGUCUCGCUGUCUGGAAUGCACAUCGUGCCAUUAUUGAGGAGCUAUAUGUCAGACAGGACAUGAAUCUCGCCCAGCUCAGGCAGUACAUGGCCACAGUGUACCACUUUUAUGCGACCACUGCCAUGUUCAAGCGUCAAUUUGCUGUUUGGAAGCGGUGGAAGAACUACCGACACGGCCAGAAGAAGCAGAUUCUGGGGCAUCUUGCGUCUUUUGACACCAUGUCUGACCGGCAAUCUGAUAUUUCGGGCGGUGACAAGUAUUCAGCGAUCAUGGUAAACGACCAGCCGGUCAAGUGUGCCCGUCUGGUGCGGAAAGUGCAGCAAUCGGGACGUACUCGCCCAUUGACGCCACCGCCAGGGAUCAGUAACACUGACUUGUUGCGCGUGGUGUCCACUGCCAACCGCGACAGCACGGAAGUCCUCCUGCAUGCCGUCUCAAGGUAUUAUGCUUGGUACUUCGAUGCCUCCGCGGCCGUCGUCCGGGACUAUACCUUCCGUGGACCUAUGAACGUCGUCUUUCCGCACAUAGCCAGCGCUCGUCGGGUCAUCGCCACGGACAUUCCCACGGCUAUGGCCAUGCUGAAUGUUGCUUCCGGCAGCGUGGCUGCUGCGAUCCAAGCAGCACCGUUUCAGCUGCUACAGCACAUACUUAGCGAGCUGGGUCAGUGGCAGUGGCCUGACACUGCCGCCGCCAGUGCAGCCAGGAUGGCCAUGAUGAGGUUCAUGUGCUCCAUAUCCAGCCGCGUGUGGGGCGCACAUCACCCUCUGGUCAGUAUGCUGAGAUCGCUGAUACGACAUCAGAAGACGACGGACGACAAUCGGGGUACACUUCCACCUAUCAUCUCGCUGAUCAGUACCACAAGUAAAGCCAAGAUGGCCGAGCCCAUAGAAACAGCCAUCAACGUGCAGAACUAUCUUGGAGAUGCCCUCUUCCACGCUGGAGACCUUGAUGGCGCGGCAAGCAUCUACUCUGGCAUCAUCCGGCUUAGCAGUGGCAUCACCACAGGUCGACAUGACCGGGCUCAAUGCUCGUAUCAAUCAGACAUUUAUCGCACACACCACCGUGGAGCACGCCGUGCAAUGAAGAAUCUGGGAUGGGUCCGCUUCAAGCAAGGCCUACCUGCCGUUGCGCGGCCCAUCUUCCUUGAAGUGCUGCAUCUUACGGAGGAGGCCUAUGGGACAGUAAAUGGCGAUUUCGAAGGUGUCAGUACGUGUCGCUAUCUUGCCGUCGUGGCCGAUGAGGGUAAUGAACACGGUUUGGAGGAUGAGGCAGAGGCGUAUUUCCGCCUGGCGUUCGAAGGUCUACUGCGGUAUUCUGGGCCGGACUCGAGCGAUGUAUGGCGGUAG